AUGCUGAUAAGGAUAAGGAUGCCAACGCAGGAAACAAAAAGGCUCAAGGAUCACUUAGUUUGCUUUCUCGCCGGAACACUUGCACUAGCUACAGUUCAUGGAUUACCGAAAGAGCAUCUGCAAUUGGCAGAGAGUCUUGGGAGAAGUUGUCAGGCGAUGUACGCAAAUCCUGCGGGUUUGGGACUUGAGAUAGCGUACUUCAACAUGUUACCUGGUCAAAACGAAGAUCUCUCUAUCAAACCUCUGGAUGCACAUUCACUUUCGGCACCAGAAGCGAUUAAAUCCUGGUACCUCUACAGAAUGACUGGUGACAAAACUUACCAAGAAUGGGGUUGGAAUGCCUUUGAAGCGAUUGAGAAAUAUGCGCGGGUGCGAAAUGGUUAUUCGCCAGUGAAGAGUGUAAGAAAUCCCUGUUACAUACAGAGAUCUGAUGAAAUUGUUUUAGUUGCUGAGGUUUCAACUAUCUCUAUCUUCUAUUUGCUGAUACUCAAAAGGAUUUCCAUUGGACAAAUGGGUAUUCAACACGGAAGCCUCCUCUACCAAUUUAUGAUCAUUAGCAUAUGCCCCUGA